AAUGGUAAUCUUCAAUGAACCCAUCAUUAUCUGAAGCUUUAUUUGGAUUAAAGAAAUAAUACCAAUACAUGUUCAUGGGGACAUUUCAAAGACCUCCUUUAACUGCGCAGAGACUUCUGUGACUCCUCCAUGUGAGCCAUGUCUCGGUCACUGAGCUUCAUUUCCCAGAUUCUUCUUCUCUCUCUCUCUCUCUCUCUGAUAUUAAGAGAUACCACCAUUUCUAAAUGCACCCUCGAAGCUUCAUUUCUUUCUUACUUCUCUCUUUCCUCUGCACGCACUAUUUCCAGUCAUUGCUCAUUUCAUUUCAACUGAAACUGAAGUGUAGAGAUGUACUAACGUGGCAUGACAUAUUUUGGAUAGGAUGUCAAGUUUGAGAGAAAUUGCAAGAAGAAACAAUGGGUUGCACUGCUUCUAUCCAUGCAGUUGGGAGGAGAAAGAAGAAGCCAAGUAUACCAGAAGUGGUAGUAUAUGUUCCUUCAAUGCGAAUACCAACACAAUCUGAUCUUCAAAGGUCACUUAAAGGUCUAAUUCCUCGAGAUCUUGUGGAUAGAUUGGCCUGUCUUCGCAAUCAGAUUAGUUUAGUGGCAGAGGAUACUGGUGGAACUGCUAUAACUGAAUUAACUCGAGCAUUGGAGGAGUAUUUGUCUAUUCUAAUUGGACUUACUAAGAAAGAAAAUGGUCUCCAGGACUUAGUUGAAUUCAAGUGGAAAAGUUUAGAAGAUGGCAGACAUGAAAACCCUGUGUCAAACUCCUGGUUUGAAUUACUAUCCGUCCUUCAUAUGAUGGCAAUCCUGACUUUGUCAGAGGCUGACUCAUUGAUGAUCCCAAAGGAUCACUUUGUUUCUGGCACAAGGGUUGUAACUUCAGAUUGUAAGAGGGAUGCUGUUGAUUUACUGCUUAAGGCAGCAGGAUACCUGGAAUUCUGUGUUCGGGAAGUACUGGUUCGCAUUCCAGAAGAUGUCAAGAAAAGGUUUUCGAAAGACUUGCAAGAUGGUGUGUUGGAGGCUAUGUCCAUUCAAGCACUAGGCCAGGGAACUGAAGUUCAGCUUGGUUUAGCUGUUGAAAGUCAGAAGGCCACUUUAUCAGUAAAGAGGAGGUUGGCAUGUGAGCAACUGAUUUACUUCGGUCAGGCUUAUCACUGUCUAUCAGGAUGUGAAAUGAAUCAUGAAAAUGGAAAGAAGCAUCUCCGGUUCAUUAAGUGGAAGUUCCUUGAAGCAAAGGCAGCAGCUUACUACUACCAUGGUCUGAUCCUUAACAAAGGUAAUGAACCAGCCUGUCACGUUAGCGCAGUAUGUUGUUUUCUUGCUGCAGAAGAUCUUCUAACAGAGAGCAAGAAGGCUUGCUUAAGCUUUUGCCUUGCAGCUCCUGUUACCAGAUCUCCUCCAUUGUGGGGUGCUAUGAAGCACUUGCAUCAGAAAAUUCCUGAAGUUGCUUCAAAGAAAUCUCAGAUGUAUGGCUACCUGUUGGAAGAAGAGAAGGCUUUGCAAGCAUUGCCUGACCUGCCAGAUUUCCAACUGUCGUUAAGACCCGACGAAUAUGCAUUGCCUGAAAUGGAUGAGGCCUGGAAUAGAGUAAGGUGGCAACUCCAGAAACAGUCCUUGAAGGAAAAUCUCAAAGAUUCUGAAGAUGAGAUUGAAACUGAAUGACACCAUUUUAUCAACCUUUCUUCUUCUGAUAUAUACUUUUUUCUUCCCUUUUCCCCCUUAUCUUGGUGCUCUGAACUUCAUUAGCUUACCGUAGAUAUCUUGUAAGGUUCUUGAUAUGUGUCUUGCAUUCCCAAAUCUAAUGUAAAUUCUGUUUUACUUUUA